AUGGACUACUCCUACUACCCACACCCUCCACCUCAGCCGUUCUCGCUGUACGGGCUGUCGACCGCGGGUCGCAACGGUUCGGCAGACGACUUUCAGGAGACCUUUUCGAUGGCCAACAAUUUCCAGGACAAUUACGCAUAUAAUUCGGUACGCCUCGGGCCGCCGACAGGCUUCGUCCCACCGCACUCUCCCUCCGGAUCGUUCUCGAAACAGAUUUUCUCCAGUCCUCCCGGCGAGUCCACCGCUGCCAACUCCCGCCACGAGCUUCUCCGCACGAUCACCCAACCCCCCGCCCCGAUGGAGAGCGGGGAAGACGGAUUCGGCGAACGCAUGCUGACCCGCAGCAGCAGUGAGGAGAAGGAGAUCCUGACGCCGGCACAGAACAGGCGUAAGGCGCAGAACAGAGCGGCUCAGCGAGCCUUCCGAGAAAGAAAGGAACGACACGUGCGUGAGCUUGAGCAAAAGGUCAGCAACCUCGAGCAGGUGUCCAACUCGCUUCAGGCAGACAAUGAGCGUCUGAAGCGCGAGCUUGCCCGCUUCGCCACCGAGAACGAGAUCCUGCGAGCCACCACCACCACCACCAGCAACGCCUCUGAUUCCUCCUCCUCCUCCUCCCCUCCCAUCUCUGGCUCGCUUGUUGACUCCGCCUCCUCCACCGAUCCCAUCCAGUUCACCCCGGCCACCUUCUGUACCACCCUCAUGUUGGACGGCAGCACGGGGAACCGGCCGCACAAGAUCACCGUCUGCGAGGCCACGGGCGAGAAGUUACUCGACGUCGGCGCCACCUGGAACCUCAUCCAGGCCCACGACCUGUUCCGGCGCGGGCUGGUCGACAUCGGGGCUCUCUGUGAGCGACUACGAAACACAGCCCGCUGCGACGGGCAGGGUCCUGCCUUCAAGGAGAGCCAGCUCCGUCAGCUGAUCGAGGAGUGUGCCCUAGGCGGGAGCGAUGAGUUGAUAUGA